CUGUCAAGCUGGCGUCGAGAACGCGCCGCGAGCGGCCUACGCAACUCGUCUGCUACUGCCCGAGUUACGACGACCGCUACGAACGGGACCGCUCCAGCAGCCCGGGAGCCAGGUGCAAGGAACUGUGGAGGAAUGUUAUGAGCAAUAGCCGCCGAACCGCCCCGCCUUCUCUCCACCUGGACACGUCGUCGACCGAUUCCUCGCGCUCCGCAUCGCCCUUUGAGGACUUUGAGAAAGACGCCGCCGAGAUGAGAAUGUCGAGUCAGGACGGCAUGCAUUCGAAGCCGCUGACUGUAUCGAUACCGCGACAAGAUCUACACAACUCGUACUCCCCCAGGCGGCCGAACCUCUCCGAGAUUCUCGCCAACACGGCCUCUCCGCCCUGGACCCUGAGCGCCUUCAUGGCCUACCUUUCGCAGAACCACUGCCUGGAAACGCUCGAGUUCACCAUGGAUGCCUCGCGCUACCGCAAGCACUACAACAAGAUGACCAGCCAGGGUCCCGCGUCGCCCGUUUCGCCCACGGGCGAGGAGUGCAACUACGUCAAGAUGCUCUGGCAACGGUUAUUGGACGCCUACAUUGUCCCCAACGGCCCUCGCGAAGUCAACCUGCCAUCCGACGUCCGCGACAGCCUUCUCUCCCAGUCGAACCCCUACGCCCCGCCGCACCCGUCCGCCUUGGACCCCGCCGUCGCCAAAAUCUACGAGCUCAUGGAGGAAUCGGUCCUGGUUCCUUUCCUGAACAGCAUCUCGCCACAGAGCGCCGAUUCCGCCAACAAUGCGAGCGAGGAGAAUCUGCACCAGCACACGCGCUCUUGCGACGAGCGGACCCUCUACUACCACACCAGCCGGCGCGAGCACGACCGGCCGCACGUCCACCGCGCCUCGGCCCCUUCGUCACUCACGACCAGCUUUUCCAACGUCACGCGCAACUUUGGCGCCGCAGCGCACGCCCGCUUCGCCAGCUCCUCGCACCACAAACACCCGCUCCCGCACUCGACCGCCUCUUCGGCGGUGGGCUCGCCGUCGGACCGUGAAUGCCGCAGUGGACCUGACGCACUGACAGACGACUCGGGCAGCGUGAGCAGUCCGAGCGCAAUGGGCGACCCGAUGACACCGCCGACGACGCCGCCCAUGAGCGAGUUUGUGUGCCCGACGAGCGGCGGCACGCCGAGCCCCCGGCACAGCCGGCACGAGCGCGAAGGCAGCGGCUGGAAGCGCGUGAGCAGCAAGCUGGGCUGGAAGAAGAAGAGCGGUGGACAGCUCAGGGACGAGCACAACCAGCACAGUAUGGAUGGCGGCAUGUUCUGAGGGGCGGGUGCGCGAGGGCGGGCGACAAGGGGCGGCUUGUGCGCACCUGUCGCUCCGCUUUUUCUUCGGCUCCCUCCCUAAUCUUCGACAUGCUAGCCUCAUCUACAUGCUGCUAAAAGGCCCCUACCACCCAUAAUCGCUAUAGCCCUCGGUGCGCCAGCGUGUAAUCUGGUAGUAGCGACCGGUCUGGCUGUGCCUGCGCCCGUUUUGGGCAGUGGCGUAUACCAACACGACACGACACGACACGUUCUGCAUAACUACCCCAUACACUCUACGUACGGAUACCUUUUUCAGCGAGCGCGCGCCACGAUGCGCAGCCACCACCACGGCCAGCCCCAA